AUGGCCGACGUUAUCCCGGCGCGCUGUGCCUCGUGGGCGCUCGUGCUGACUGUGCUUGCAUCCAACCUCCUCUUUGCCGGCUUCAUCUAUGGCUGGGCCUCGAUGCUGCUCCUGCUGCAGGAAGAGAACCAGUACGCCGAGCGCUGCACGCCCGAGACGAUCAACCCAACGACCGGCCGCUGCGCCGACCAGGACGCCAAGCUCAGCCUUAUCUACGGCGUCGCCCAGUUUACUCUCACGUUUAGCUCGCUCCCAUCGGGCAUUGCGCUCGACAAGGUCGGCCCCAUGUGGAUGAGCCUCGUCGCUGGCGUCCUCUCGACGACCGGCUUUGUCCUGAUGGCGCUCAGCGACUCGGUGGAGUUUGAUGCCUUUGUCUAUGGCUACGUGCUCAUUGCGAUCGCCGGCAGCGCGACGCUGCUCACGUCACUUCGCGCCGGGUUUGUGAUUCUUCAGUGGCAAACUGCGAUAUUUGCCGGCAUCAACUGCCUCUUUGACGCGUCGGCGGUCAUGCCGUCGCUCCUGCACACGAUGCAGUCUUCGCUAACGGUGUCGCGCCAGUCGCUGCUGUUGGUGUACGCGAUCCUGACAGCGGCGGUGUACAUGCUCCUCGUCGGUCUCUGGUGGCUCCAUGGUCGCCAUACCACCGCUGCCAUCGACGAAGAAGCACCGGUACAAGCCGACGCGCCGUCGAGUCUACAGUACGAAGCCAUGGACGAGACGGUGCCGCUGACGGCCGCGCCGCUCCAGACGCAGCUCAAGUCGUUCGAGUUUCGGUACUUGCUGCUGUUUGCCGCCGUGCACAACCUCCAGUCGUCCUUCUACUUUGGCACGGUCAACCGAACGCUCGUCAAUUACAACGACGUCGACGAGGUGUACAUCAAAGCGUUCGGGUGGAUCCUCCCCGCGGGCUUCGUCUUUAUUCCUGUCAUCGACACGCUCGUCGACCGGUUUGGCCUCCCCGUCUCGAUGCUCUCGACGACACUCCUCAGCAUCGGGUACCACGUUCUCGCCAUGAUCCACUCGCUCCCGCUUCAAGUCGUCACCUUUGUGCUCUUUACGGCCUUCCGCGCGCUCUUUUACGCCAACGUGGCCACGUGCGGCGCGACGACCUUUGGCCACGCCAACAUGGGCAAGAUCCUCGGCACCGUCUACUCGUCGUCGGCCAUCGUCGCGCUGCUUGAAAUCCCCGCUGCGACGUCGGCCAACACGAGCGAAACGGGCUGGAACGUUCUGUACGCGGUCUCGCUCGGCCUCGCCGUCGCGCUGGUGCCCGUCAUCCUUGUGUACCGCCGUCGGUUCUAUGCCAAGACAGUCUAA